AUGUUAAAUCUUUUGAAAAUCAUCAUCCAGAUGAUUGGAGUUUCAAAAGCUCAUUUACACGGAUUUAAUGAUGAUCUAUUUCCGGCAACAUGGAGAGAUGAGAGAUUUAUAUAUAUAGACAAUGGCGAAAUCAAAAAUCAAAUUAUAGUCAACAGCUGUAAAGCAACAGACUACGCUGAAGUAAUAAUAUAUAAAGAAACAGAUCGAAAAGAGAUAUUUGGUGCCAAUAAUAACUAUCAACCUUUUUGUUGUGAUUCGAAAUCAUGCAAAAGAGGAUUUCUAAUAAUUGAAGGCCCACAGGAAAAAUAUUCACGCUAUAUAGUUAAAGGAACCUGCAAUGGAAGAACGAGAUCUUCUUCAAAAAGAAAUAUGAAACAAAUUAAUGCAACAAGUCUUACUAUAGAGAACAUAAAUAGUACAUAUAAAGUUAACGAGUCAAAUAUUUAUACAGCAUUAGUUGCAAAUUGCGGAGAUGGCAAUUUUACAAUUUCGGGUUCAAUUGACUUCAAAUCUUCGAAAUCAUUAGACAAACGUCUCAAACAUAUGAUGUACAUUCAUAUCAUACUAUUUUUGUUUACUACUGCUUCUUCUCUUUCGAUAUAUUACUAUUCUAGAAUGAAAAGUCCAUUAUUUUCAUUUUCUUUCUUUUCUCCGUUAUCUUCAUUAAUUCUAUUAGGUGCAAUUUCAUUAUUACACAUCAUAUAUUAUUUAUUAUGGAAUUUCAAUUCAAUUCAAUUGAAUUUCCUUAUUUUCAUAGCUUCUAUCAUUAGAUCUCUAUUACAAGGUUUGUUAUUUUACUCUAUGACACGAUAUUUACGAAGACCGUACGAAUUUCCAAAUUAUUCUUCAUUUAUCAUUAGUUUGUUGAUAUUAUUCCUUUCAAUCAUCAGCACAUACAGUGUAAAUAAGAUAUCAACUGUUGAAACUGGAAAUUGGACACUAGGAUACGGAAAUAAUUUUCCAUAUUUAAAUUUCUUUGCAAGCAUUGUAAUUUACAGUGUUUCACUCAUUAUAUAUUUAGAGUAUACACCAGAUGAUGGAAAUCCUGAUGCUCAUAAGGAUAAUUUCGUGUUAUUUACAACAUUAAAUUUAGUUUUGUAUUUUUCAACAUGUAUAUUGUUUUGCGUGAAGAGAAUGGAAGCAACAAUGUGGAAAACACGCAAUUUCUACUGGGUUGGCUUUGUAAUUGAAAAUAUCUUUUUAAUUGUCCAGAUUUUCUUGACAAUUGGCUUCACAAUCGUUGACAAUGAUACAGGAUACGAAAUGAUUGACAACGAACAGGAAAAUCAAACAGAAACUAAAGAUAUUUCCCUUGUUGGAGGAGGUUUCAGGAAAACAAACGCUACAUUCGUAAAUGAUGAUGUAGAAGAGGAAGAAACGAAUCAUGAUGAAGAAAAUUUGGAUCAAUUGACUCCAAUGCCUAUUUCUAAUGUUUAA